UUUGGUGGGCGGUGGCGGCGGCGGCCGCGGCAACUGCGGCGGUUGCCAGGAGCCCGCGUUGCCGCCUGAGAUCCGUAAUAUGGCGGGGAGGAGGAGAAGACGGCGGCGGACCGAAUUGCCCUCUGUCGCCACUGUUUGAGCCAUUUGCUUCCCGACGAGGCCCGGGGUGAGGGCAAAAAAGCUGACCCGGUCGUGGGGGACCAGGACUUUUAUCAAGUGCCUACUGUUGGCAGACACUGUUCUACGUAAUGGGGAUUCAGUGGUGAACAAGACUGAGAAGUUACCUGUGCUUAUGGAACUUACAUCUUGGUGGAGGAAGACAGACAAAAAAGAAGGAAAUAAACACGAUAAUUUCAGAUAGUGUGUGAUUGUGGGAAGAUGGAGGAGUAUGAGAAGUUCUGUGAGGAAAGUCUUGCCAGGAUCCAAGAUGCAUCAGUUUCCAGCGAGAGCUUUCUACCUGCCCAGUCUGAAAGCGUCUCACUUAUUCGCUUCCAUGGAGUGGCUGUACUUUCUCCACUGCUUAAUAUUGAGAGAAGAAAGGAAAUGCAACAAGAAAAGCAGAAAGCACUUGAUGUAGAAGCAAGAAGGCAGGUUAAUAGGAAGAAAGCUUUACUGACUCGUGUCCAGGAGAUUCUUGAAAAUGUUCAGGUUAGAAAGGCACCUAAUGCCAGUGAUUUUGACCAGUGGGAGACUGAAGCAGUUUACUCUAAUUCAGAAGUCAGAACCUUGAAUGUUCCUGCUACAUUUUCAAAAAUUUUGCCAAGCCCUACUGAAUACUCGACUUCAACAAAGCUUGAAAACAUAGGAAUUUUGCCUUUGGAAAAUGAGGACCAAUUUAAAUCUAAUGGGGUGAACUUAGCUAGAGACGCAGAAGAAUUUAGUUCUCUGAAACAAUGUGAUAGUUCAAAUAUUAGCCAUGCAGAAAAUGACGCUUCUCUAAAGACCUCUUUGGUCACCCCACAAGAGACUCUUACUUCUGAUGGUUUCUUCACAACAAAUGAAGAGCAGGCUCCAUCACUUUUGGAAGGAGUCACCCCGGAUCCCUACACCAUGAGUCUUCAGAACCUGAUGAAAAAGUCAAAGGAAUAUAUAGAAAGAGAACAGUCUAGACGCAGUCUGAGAAAUUGUGCAAAAAGGAGUGUUAAUGAAAGUCAUUCAGACAAAGAAAAUGAUGCUGUUAAGGUGACUGACUAUGUGAAGGAGAAGGCCCAGUUGAUAGGCAAACACUGUGGCUCAGUUAUUCCUGACAAACCAUGCCUUAAUAACUCGAUUAUUCCCCAAGGUGCUUCCAUUCAAGCAAGCAUUGUGAAUCCAUCAGUUUUAGCUAGCUUAUCUAAAGUGGACUUACCCAUACCAACUGGCCAUCCCACCGUUUUAGAUUCUGAUUCUGACUUUAAAGCCAUUCCCACUUUUGUUUCUGACAAUAAUGUUAUCAAAAGUCUUACUGGUUCAUAUGCCAAAUUACCUAGUCCGGAGCCAAGCGUGAGUCCUAAAAUGCAUCGAAGACGUUCUAGGCCAUCAUCAGCUUGUCAUAUACUUAUAAAUAACCCAAUAAAUGCCUGUGAAUUAAGCCCUAAAGGAAAAGAACAGGCAGUGGACUUACCCGUUCAAGAUACUGAUGAAAAAACAAAUAUACUUGAAACUGUGCCAAAGUUACCAAUUGAUUUAGCAGGCGUUUGUUCAAGCAAGGUUUAUGACAGCAGAAAUACAUCUGAAGCCAUAGAGGAAAUGGUCCUAGGUAAAUCAAACAGGAUAUGUCAGUCUUCAGGAAAUCAGUUAGAAAAUAAAGUUAUUCAUGGAGUUGCUACUGUGGAAGGUCAUUUAACUUCUGAUGGGAGAGGAUCACACAAAAUGGACAGUGCUUUUACUGCAGUACCAAGAUUGCAUGAACCAUAUGUCAGCAGUCAGUGUAUAGCAGACCAAAACUUUGGAACUGUGAGUGCACUCAAGUCAGCCAGUGUGUUAGAGAACAACUCCUGCAAUUUACAAAUGGAGCUGAAUAAGUCUUAUGAUGUAAAAAACCCAUCUCCUUUACUGAUGCAAAACCAGAAUAUCAGACAGCAGAUGGACACACCUACAGUGUGCUGUGGGAGUGAGCAGUUUUUGGAAAAUAGUUUCGAGAAAGUUAAACGGAGACUUGACUUAGAUAGUGAUAGUUUGCAAAAAGAAAGCUGCUCUUAUGUCAUAACAACUGGAAUAACUGAACAGGAAAGGCAGCACUUGCCGGAAAAAAGAUGCCCUAAGGGAUCUGUCUUCAUUAACAAGAAUAAAAUUGUAGAAAAUAGUUCCAAAGAAGGCGAGGAGAUACUAAAAAGCAAGCUGUUAGCUUUUGAAGAACUGCGGAAGAGACUAGAAGAACAGCAUGCCCAGCAGUUAUCACUACUCAUAGCUGAGCAGGAAAGGGAACAGGGAAGAUUGCAAAAGGAAAUAGAAGAACAGGAGAAAAUGUUAAAAGAGAAGAAGGCGAUUACAGCAGAAGCCUCUGAGUUGGAUGUUAACAAUGUGGUGGAGUCAGAAUGGAGAAAAAUAAGUGACUCUGAUUUGCUAGAAACAAUGCUGUCUCAAGUGGACUCACUCCAUACUUCAAAUAAUUCUGGUUUCACAAAUUCUGUGCUACAGUAUAGCUUUGGAUCUGCCAAUGAAACACCAUUCUACCUCUGGGGAUCAUCAACUAGUGGCUUGACCAAAAUUUCUGUAACAAGGCCUUUUGGAAGGGCCAAAACUAAUUGGGCUCAGGUUUUCAGUCCAGAAGUACAAGCAAAAUUUAGCAAAAUAACUGCAGUGGCAAAAGGAUUUCUAAUUCGUCGACUUAUGCAGACAGAGAAGCUGAAACAACUUCGACAAACUGUAAAAGAUACUAUGGAGUUUAUAAGAAAUUUUCACUCAGAAGCACCAUUAAAGCGAGGAUUUGUUUCAGCACAAGAUGCUUCUCUUCAGGAAAGAGUGUUAGCUCAGUUGCGAGCUGCCCUGUAUGGUAUUCAUGACAUUUUCUUUGUAAUGGAUGCAGCUGAAAGAAUGUCUAUUCUACAUCAUGAUAGAGAAGUUCGCAAAGAAAAAAUGCUGAGGCAAAUGGAUAAAAUGAAAAGCCCACGAGUGGCUCUUUCAGCUGCAACACAGAAGUCUCUUGAUAGGAAGAAAUACAUGAAAGCUGCUGAAAUGGGCAUGCCAAAUAAGAAAAUUCUCGUUAAACAAAAUCCUUCUGAAACAAGAGUCCUUCAGCCAAACCAAGGACAGAAUGCACCUAUUCACAGGCUGCUUAGUAGACAAGGAACCCCUAAGACAUCAGUGAAGGGGGUUAUGCAAAAUAGACAGAAGCCUUCACAGAGCAGAGUGCCUAGCAGAGCGCCUGUUUCAGGAGCAUAUGCAGGAAAAACCCAAAGAAAGCGGCCAAAUGUUGCGACAAUUUAAGAAGACAGCAUUCACUAGGAUAAACAAGGAGGGUGGGGUUUAUUAUCCAUAUUGUCUUCCCUGCCCAAGACUUUUUAUUUAACCCUGGACUCAGAUUAUACAGGCCAAGUGAUGUCAGGGCUGUGCAAUAAUCUGGAUAAUUUAAUCAGUCGGGCUAAUUCCUGUCCCAGCCUCCAUUUUCCUCUUAGUAUUUGGUCUGGGUGAAGGCAAAAUAAUGUUUAAUAAUUGCCUCAUUCCUGUGCUUAACCUGUGCAAACAUAGUUUGUUUUACUUGUGCAGAUGUCUGCAGAGACCCUUUUUGCAAAUUUAAAGGACAUUUGGUUUAUUUUUACAAAGGACCGAAAAGGUGUGACAGAUUACAAAUAGGUUCUGACACAUCAAUUUCAUUCUUCUGCAUUCUGAUUGCUGACUUUGAUAAACAGAUUAUAUAUUCUUCUAUUCAAGGGAAAUUAUUGCAGAAGACUGUUUUCCCCUGGUUUUAUAAAUUUAAAAACUCUGAUUAAUCUCUCAAUCUGCAUAUUCUUUAACCCACAGUAUAAUUACAUAGGAUAAAAACACUUGCCUGCUGAUUAUGGCCUACCUAAAAUUAACCACAGAAGGAGCUGUGGGUCACUGUUUUGGUUAGAAGUACACUUUCCUGUUAAUGACUAGUUGUCUUAGAGAAAUGUUUGAUUUCCCAUAUGUCACCCCAGUACUAUUAGAAGCAUUUCCACUGGAUUAUAAAAGCCUUCCUUCUGAGGAGGGUAACAGAUUUUGAGAAGAUAGCACAAUCUUCUUGAAUGUAGCAUUUAGGAAUGCAUCGUUACAUCCAUUUUUUUGUAAAAUAGGAAUGACACGUUGCAUGCAGUUGUACUUUCUAUUUAGUCCAUUUAUUUGUUUAUUCAUAAUCUGCUUUUUCUAGCAUGCUUGAUUUAGGAGAGAAUAAAGGGCUAUAUAAUAUAAUAAAUUUAGAUUUUCAAGUGGAUAGUAAUACUGGUGAGUUAAAAAUCGCAUUUCUUAGAGGCGGUGAUGUUUAACUUUUUUCUUCACUAGAGUGUUCAUUAAAAGUAUCAACCAACAAAUAUUACCAACGGAACAUGAUUUUAUGAAAGAGAAUGACACGGUUAAUUUAUCACACCAUUUCCAAAAAGGGCUUUGUGCUUCUCACAUAAAAUUGGGGCUGUAUGCAUUUAAUCUUUCUAACUUGAAUUUUAAAGGGAUAAUGGUAUUUUGAAAAUGCAGACUAUAUAUAAUGUUAAUUUCACUUUUAAGAAUAUGGGUAAAAAGACUGUUUUCCAAAUUUUGGAUCCAUUUAAAAUGUAACUUUUGCACCCAGCUGUAGACAGAAAAUAAUAAUCUGUUCUGGGUAUAAACUUGAUUUUCUUUAUGGAGAUGUAUCUAUCAUUUAUCAAAUGGGUGGACCAGAAAUGAGACAGUCAAAAGAGUCUGAAUUACCAAUUCUUCAUUUAUAGGCAAAGUAUAUAAAAUUAUUAUCUUCUUAAUAUGAUAAACUGUGCUUUAUCAUUCUGAAAACUCAGGAUACAGCUUGCUCAUAUCAUUAUGGGUCUCUCCAGUAAGAAGAAUAGAUGAUGAAAGUUUUGUGUAUGUUAAUGCAAAUUAGCUGAAACGAUAGUAUGUUUUGGAGAUAGUUAAAACUAGUUUUAGAUUAAGGAUGAAAACUUGAGUGUUUUUAAUUUCAAGGUAAAAGCUUGUGUGUUUUACACAGCAUUUUUAAUGUUCACAGCCUUUUCUCAUAAAAGUGCCAGAUGUUUUGUGCUUUUGAUGGAUUUUAAUUUAUAUACAUUAUUUUUAUUCUUAUUUUUACUUUGGAAUGUCCAUUAAUGUAAAUUGUAUUUAUUUUUAUACUUUAAUUUUCACUAGUUUUGCUUCUAGGCA